AUGAAUCGAGGCUCCAGAGCCCAGAGGGGACGCCCCGCACCACGAGGAAAGCGGAAGGGAGUCAUGGUCAAAGCGUUGAAGCACAAGGCAAAGAAAAAAUCAAUUGCAGCGUCGGACGACACAGGAAUUUCAGGGGCAUCUGAGGCUGAGUUACAGAUAGAUGAACAACUCAAGGAGGGUUACAGCGGAAGCCUCGAGGAAACUCAGAAAAAGAUAACAAAGGCGGACAUCGAGAAGGCAGGAGAUGCGGCAAAGACAUUUACAAUGAAGCGUAAGAAAACGUCAGCUAGACCUGCAGGUGUGCAAGGAAGGAAAGCAGGCGCAACUACAUCGAAACCAAGCGUAAGGGCAAAGAAACCGGCAGGAAAAGAUGCGGUCAAAAAAGGUACGACUUCACCGGCUUCAAAGCUCGCCGCGAGGAAGGCGACUGAACGGAAAGGCGGGACUAAACUAGUUGCAACAUCCGAGAAAGAUCAAAAGAAGAAGCGAGAGACAGGUGUAGUCCCCAUACCACGGGUAUCAGCCCCAACCAGCAAAACAGGCAAAACCGAGGCUUCAUCCCCGGCGAAGACAACACAGGUGAAGACAACACCGGUGAAAAAAGACGUACAGGAGACCACGGCGAAAGGAAAGCAAGCGGUGCCUUCGCUUGCUAUGGAGAGCAAACCGCAACCACAAAAGGCAAUCACUAUUACAAAGGCGGAGACUAAAGCUACAAAACAGACGGUCACGAAACAAAGCGUUGUUCCCGUAAAGGAUAAGGUAGGUACAGUUGUCAAGAAACCGACAAAACCAGAGGUGGCUUCUGGUCCAGCUCCUGCGAAAGAAGAGAGUACAAAAGAACCAUCUGUACCAUCGGCAACUUUGCCUGCCUCCACUACUGCCUCUGAAACGGGGCCAAUUAGGUGA